CUGUCGACGGCGCACGGCGUUUGAGUUUUAAUUUUGCAAGCAACUAAAGUACAAACAACCGAAACAUUUUGCUUUUAUUUUAAACAAUUCCACUUGCGAAUCUUAACAAUACGGCAUUAUUCGUUAGUUCGUGGCGCAUUUCACAAGACUGUACAUCCAGUUGGCAUUGAGUGGUCGUGUUCGGCGGUGCAGAGGCUCAGUUUGAACAAGCGCGUGCCAUCACCACCAUCAUGAGCGAAGACGACAGAACGCUUUGGUGUGGAAAUAUAAGCGAACGAGUUACGGAAGAGAUGCUGUACGAACUGUUUCUACAGGCUGGACCGGUUGAAAACGUAAAGAUUCCUCGCGACGCCGAUCGACGCCAGCGAAACUAUGCCUUCAUUACGUUCGCACACGUGUGCAGCGUGGAGUAUGCGAUGGACAUAUUCGAGGGUACGGCCCUUUUCCAGCGUACGCUUACGUUGCAUCGGAAAAAUCGCAACGGUCCUAAUCCGGCAGCUUCGCCACAGGUUAAUUUCAACUAUCCAGUGGGCGGAGGUAGCACCAACAACAGCACAUCCAGCAACAACAAUCUCCAGCGAUAUUCGGAUGAUUCACCGAUCCGAGCCCAGCAGCGGCCGGUGGAUGUGAACCCAUUCAUAUCGCCGGACAUUCGGAUGGAAGCGUUCCCCGCACUGUGCGCAGCGAUGAACAAUUCGCAAAACAUCUUUACGCCAGACAUUUUGGCCCACCUGGGGCAGCAGUUGCUUGGGGCCGACUUUCCACCGUUUGCCGACGAAGCCGACCAGCAGAACUCGAUGCGAACAAAAGGGCAGCGCAGAGAACGAUCUCACCAGCACGACCGGCACAGUAAGAAGCCGUACUCGCGGGACGACCGGUACGGCCACAGUAACGAUCGCAGCGAGUCGCAUAGUAGCCGCAAUCGGUACGAUAAUAGCAGCAGACGGAACAGCAACGACCAGGACCACCACCGAAACAGUCGCAGACGGAGAUAGUGGUCGAGGGUUGCUUCGCUGUGUAUUUGGUACAAAAGGAUGAACAAGCAAGCAAUUUUUACUAUAAGUAUCCCGGAAACUACCCCCACCCGAUCGGGUGUGUGCGUGACGAUCAGUUUGAAAGAGGUGUAAGGAACAACGACAAAGUUGCGUGUGUACAUAGAGUGAACGAUCUUUUUUUCUGUCUUCUAAAUUUAUGAAUAACGACCUUCAGGACGUUUAAGAACCUGCAAACCUUCAGAGAAACGAUUGACGAUUAUAACAAAAAAAAAAAACAAACAAACAAAUAAAUAAACGUCACUUUUGAAUGCUGUA